AUGUCGCCCUCUGCGUUCACCGCUGCAAAUCAGCAAAUCUAUCUACCAGCAGACCAUGUCAACAUACCUACCUUAGAUUACCAUAAUAUCUGCGAUCCCGAGAAGAAAGUGAACAUGCCGUACCAUCACCUGAAGAACCAACAGCACCUGGAAUUCCAGCUGUACCUCGUCAUCCUCGAGAACCGGGGCCACACCGAACAGUAUUGGACCUUCGCGAUUGGCGGCCCCGCAGAAGCCCCCAACGGCCCCAUGGCCUUCCCCCAGCUCAUCGAUGGGCGCUGGCAGUACGCCGACGCGGACCUCAACGCGCUGACCAUCGUCGUCCAGUGCCACAUUGCCGACCUCAGCGACGGCGCCAGCCUGGGAGGCCUGCUCCACGACAUGGGUCGAGCCCGGCUGCCUGAGCCGCAGGAGGACAGGCACAGGCACUACAGCUCCCGGGAGAACGUCCUGGGCGUGCUCCGGCUGUUCGAUGAGGGGGAGGGCGAGAAGGAGCGGGACGGGUUGUUUGAUUCUGUUGAGGAGACCAUGGAAGCCGCCGCGCAUGCUGCAAGGGCUCACAGAACCUCCCUUGGACAGAGGGUGACUGCAGGAUUGUCGGGAAGGUGGGGAGUUGUGAGGUCGAUGGGUGCGAGAUUCGCCGCAGGGACGUGA